GUAUCCAUAUCGCACCACAACAGCUUUCGACUUCAACACUGACAACCAACGGACGCACCAACCGUUCCCCCACAAGCGAUCAGGAACUGACGUGACCGUUCCAUGACACCGGAACUCAACACCUCAAUGGUGAAUCGCGAUCGAUGGAGUUCGUUACAGCCCUCCGGGGUACGUUCGACGACCAAAAGCCGUCCCUGUUCGAGCUCCUGUCCGAGCAGCAGCUGAACUCGCUCCUCCCGCCAACGCUGCGUUAUCUCCUCACCGUCGCGACCCAACGCUACCCACGCUACCUUCUGCGGGCCCUUAACUCGUUCGACGAACUCUACGCGCUUCUCAUGCUGAUAGUGGAGCGGCACUACCUCCUCACCCGCGGCGGCAGCUUCACCGAGCAUUUCUACGGCCUCAAGCGCGAGAAGAGCCUCCACGCCGAAGUACCCCGCGCCGCCUUCGCCGCCGCUCCCCUUGUCCGCGAGACUCUGAAGCUUAGCCGCGGCGAUGUUUGGCGCAACUUGGCUGUCAUGGUUGGCGUCCCCUACCUCAAGCGCAAGCUCGACGAAAGCCAUGAGAUCGAGGCCCCGAGGGCGCUGCUAGGAGCGAACUACACGCGUAUGCCGGCCAAUCCGACGGCAAAACAGAGGAUCCUGCAUUACUACAAGUCGUUCAUCCGGAACGUGUACCCCUCGGUGCACGCGGGGUACUGCUUCGCACUGUUGGCGUUUAACUUGGCGUAUCUGUUCGAUAAUUCCAAGUACCACAACCCGCUUAUGUGGCUCAUCGGCACCCGGGUGCGGCGCAUGAACGGGGCUGAUUACCGCGCUCUUGAGGAGUUGGGAAACCCAAAAAUGGGGCACCCGCCCGUGCCGUCGACAUUCUUCUCGCCGCGGACGCUGGGGCCGAGGAUCCUGGGGAGCUUGUCGGUGUUGUUGCCCACGAGCAUUUUUGCGCUCAAGUUCCUCGAGUGGUGGUACGCGUCGGAUUUUGCGAAGCAGUUGAGUCGAAAGGCCGCCGAGGACUUGGAGCUGCCGCCGCCUCUCACAAGUGGGUUGUCGGGCUUGACGGAGAAGAAGAGGACAAUCAAGGAAGGGGAUAUUGAGAACGCUCCCAUUGCCACCCCUUCGCUACUACCGAUAUACACUGUCCCUGCACUCAAGAACUCGGAGCUAUGUCCCAUUUGCGAGGACGAGAUUACGACAGCAACAGCGUGUCAGACUGGCUUGGUGUACUGUUAUACUUGUAUACACAGGUGGGUCGAAGGGAUGCAUCCCCGCCAGGAGGCCUUCAUGGUUGAGAGGACGGGGAAGUGGGAGAGUGGGCAGGGAAGGUGCGCUGUUACUGGACGGCGGGUCUUGGGCGGCACCGAAGGGCUGAGAAGGAUCAUGGUUUGAAGAGAACAUCACUGCAGAGCGGAUCUGGGUUUGUAUGAUCAUAAGCGGGCACUGCAUUGUUUACGGAGUUUUGGAGUUGCCGGGCCGAUAAAAAGGUUGUCUGUAUUUGUGUGGUAUUCUAGUACAUACUAUCCACCGAGCACUUGCUCUUCUGUGCUAAUCUUGUCAUGUGCCUAUCCUUCCGACAUCCAGACGUUCAAGGAUAAGUACUACUUGCCAUUUGUGGGG